AUGCUUGCCACCGUGCUUCGUCGCAGUGGUCAGGAGGCGUCCGCCGCCGCCGGGCACCACGCCAUCGCCCCUGUUGCCGCCAUUGAUCGUGCCGCGCCGUACACGCGCUUCAGCACGCUCCGGCUUCACGCCCAUACCGAGCCAAACUUCCGCGCGCGGCCCGCCGGCUGGCGCGGGUGGCGCGACAAGAAACUGCAGGACCCGUACGCGCCCUUCGUGAUGCAGUCGCCGCUCCGCCAUGUGGACCGGCAGGGCGCGGGCAUUUGGUUUGGCAUGGGGCAUUUUGCGCUGAAGAACUUCUUCGGCAUCUGUCACUGGCGCUUUGCCCUGCGGCUAGCCUUCUGGGGCGUGGGCGGCUGGGCCUUCUCCCUCGGCACCUACGCGCUCCGCAUGCACCGCAACGGAUGGGAGUGGAAGAACCGCGGCGCCGUCUUCGCGAUGGACUAA